AUCAGCUGAUGCUUGUUGUGCUCGAUGACAGUUCUUGGCAAACGAUCCUGUUCAAAUUAGGAAAAUUAUUUUUAAAUACCCCUUUUGGACGUUAAAUCAAUUAAUUUAAUAAAAUUUAAAUAUUACUUAUUAAUUCGUUUAAUCGUCUCGCGUACGUUAAGUGUUUAACGUCGAUUGUUAAAAAAGAAAUACGGGCGAUAAAGGCUCGAAACGGCCGCCAUUCCCCUUUUAGUUCUUUUGUGUUGCGAAAUGACGCAGUUAAGUAUUUAGCUAAUUUUCGGGAAAACAUUUCGUAAUUCGAUAUUUAAAAUAAAGCCUGCAAUGUCAGCCGAUUCACCCAAUCACACUCUACCCGAGUUAACACCCUCGCAUAAUGUGGUAACUCCACAGCCAGUAACCGACCCGACCAUUUUAGACAGUGUUGCAGGAUUUAUAAACGAAGUGGUCCCGACCACCACAGGAGACUCCUUCGACUCCAAAGAUCAAAUCCAAUGGGUGCGUUUUGAAAAUCUCGACUUUGACGGGUCAAGUUUUCUUUCCAACGGUGAAGCCUCUUUAUCGUCUAGUUUGGUGUUAGUGUUGGGGUAUACAACUGGUGUUCAAGUUUGGGCGGUACCAGCAAACGGGGAGGCUACAGAGCUCUUCUCUUGGCGCCACGGUUCCGUCAAAGUCCUAAGGAUUCUCCCUGCCCCAUACGAGGUAGGAACCAACAAAAAGGACCUGUUCGAGUCCAAACGGCCAUUGAUCGCCCUAAUAGACGUUGCCUCUCACGGAUCCUCGGCCGGUUCAUUAAAUUUUUACUCGUUAAAAACCGGGGAACAAGUGAAGCAAAUAAAGUUCAAAACGCAAAUUUUGGACGUGGUAGCGAACCGACGCUCGCUGGUCAUCACUUUUCAAGAGAAAAUCGCCGUUUUCGACGCGUUCACUUUGGAGGACAAACUGUCGGUGACCUCGUGUUAUUUGAGCCCCGGAAUCCAACCGAAUCCGGUCGCUUUGGGGCCCAGGUGGCUCGCUUUCGCCGAAAAGAAACUUAUCAGCUCCAGGAGGAGCAGUGGGGGCAAUGAGGGCGAAGGCGUGCAGAGUUACACCGCAACGGUUUUACAUGCCGCCAAAUCCCUCGGGAGGGGUUUAAGAGAGUUGGGCGAUGCGGUGGCCUCUAGUCUAACCGGAAACCAGGGAAUGAAGUUGGGUUCUUCCCCCAAUAGCCCUCAGGCCGGCGGGUCAGCCGACGUACCCCAAAAAGGCAUAGUCACCAUCUUAGACGUGGAGCAUCCAUCCGCCCAAAACGCGGACGGUUCGUUCAGAUCGGAAGCCAUCGUGGCCCAUUUUAUCGCACACUCGGAAGCUAUUGUUUGGCUACAGUUCGGUCCCGGCGGGAUGUUGCUCCUCACCGCCGAUAAAAGAGGACACGACUUUAACUUGUUCAGGAUCAAUGCGCAUCCUGUCGGGUCGGCUUUGGCCGCUGUUCAUCAUUUAUAUACUUUGCAUAGAGGUGAUACCUCGGCCCGAGUACAGGACAUGUGCUUCUCGUUCGAUUCCAGAUGGGUUACCGUGUCUACUUUAAGAGGCACCACCCACGUUUUCCCCAUAACGCCUUACGGGGGAAAUAUCGGGGUGAGAACCCACACCAGUUCCCACGUAGUUAACAAAAUGUCCAGAUUCCAUAGAUCCGCGGGGUUGACUUCCGAGGGGCGCUCUAAUAGUCCCGUUUCCAUGUUCGAAUCGCCGGUCAGUUCGAAUUUCCCGUAUCACAACCCCCGGUUUUCUCCGUUUCCCCAUCCGAUCGUGGUAAACCCGUUGGCGCAACUACGGCAGCCUGUUUAUAUGCAGAACAUUGGUAGCGCCGUACCCAGACAAGGUCGCCAAAGGUUAACCUCGUCAUCGGAAGACAACAUCGCCUUAAGGGUGACGGCAUGUUUCGGUCCAGCGCGUGCCUGGAUCAAUUCUACGUCGUCCCCGCGGGAAACUUUGGCUAAAGCAGUCAAACCGGUGGAGUCGCUUUUCGUGAUGAACUGCCACGGUACUUUGGUGCAGUACGAUUUGGAUCCGCGAGCGGCCGCUAGCGUACCAAAGGAGAAAGUCUGCGACGAUUCCCCGAUCGAUUUGAAUGUUACCGCUAAGGCGCAAUGGCGCCUACAGAGACAACCGACCUCGAUAGACCGACCUCUACCUCUGUCCCACCAAAGUUUAACGUUCGUCACGACCUGUGUUCCGAGUAUAAAAAAGAAAAUCGAAAACGGUAACGACGACGACUGGUUAUCGCAGGUAGAAAUAAUAACGCACGCCGGACCCCAUAGGAGGCUCUGGAUGGGGCCGCAGUUCACUUUCAAGACUUACACCACCUCAAAUAGGACCUCGAUGUCUUUAGCGGACGCACAACCGUUAGAUCUCAACCGUUCAAAGCCUGUAAAUAUGCCCAUAACGAAAGCCAACGCGGUUUUAAUAGAGUCCAGUUCGGCCAGUAGUAGCGAACAGUCCCUGUUGGAUAUUUAUAGAAAAAACUGUGAUGAAAUCGGGGUGGCUGGAGAACAUCAGAUUAAAGAAGAUUUGGCGGACGCUAUGCUCGAAUCCCCGGGAAUAAAGGAUGUCGGUGGAAAAUCCGCGUCACCCUUAACGCAGCGCGGCGCUGCUGCGCCCCUACCGCCGAUCGCCAAAGUGGUGAACCCCUUGGGCACCGUCGUCACCGUUCAAACAGACGACGACGCGUCGUCCACCCCUCCGCCCCUCGAAGAAAACAACGUGAUUUACGAGAAUUGCGACGAAACCCUGUUCAGACCGUUGACCAGCGCGAAAACGUUGGCUUAUUGCCGCAGCAGCAGGGCCGACGUCGGCCACAUUAUGACCCAAAGUCUGAGGGGGGACACCAACGUGACGGUGCGGGUAAUGGACAAGACGGAAACCGCGGUCCGGUCCAACUGGGAGGACUUAAAGUGCCAAGAUAUCCAGAAUAACACCAAGGUGAUCGUGCAGGAGCGGGAGGUGAGGGACCUGAUGGCGCAAACUAGGAGGGAGGAGCCGCGAUUGGACGUGGUACGUCCGAAGAAGGAGAGGAAAACUCCUGAGAGAAGUAGCGAGAGAGAGAGCCCGCAGAAGUCGGACCAAGAGGGACGCGGCAGCUCCGAGAGGGACAGUACUAAAAAAAGAGAGAAAGCUGACAAACAGGAUGAUAUGGUCUUCGAGGAAUCCGCUUAUGGCCUAGUGAAUCCUUUAUACGACGUCCUUGAGGAGUGCGAACGCAUGAAGCCCAAACCCGAAGAGCCAAAGGCGAGCAAGAAAUCUUCGAAAAACAAAAAAUCCACUCCGGAAACAACUAAAGAAGAACCCAGUAAGGAACCUUGCGAGGCCCCAAUCAAACUUAAAAAGCAACCAAUAGACCUACUAAAAGAGCCGGUGGAAAUCACUUUUCCCGCUCUAGACACCAAACUGACCGACCCGGAGUUCCCUCCCUUGGAAGAAAACUACUUCUCCCUAGAAAACUUGUCAAAGCAAGAGAAGUACGAGGACGCGAUGGAUUGCGGUUUACCUUUGGAGCCCCAAAAGAACUUCCUGCAAGCGGUAAAAAACAAAUCGACCGCAAAGAAACCGCGAAAACCAAAAACCAAACUGGGAGUGAAGAUAACCAAGGAGGAACAACAGGAAGAGGAGGAGGUGGUGGCGACCUCAGAGAUCCUAGUAGAAACGGAGAUAACCUUACCGGCCCCAAAAAGGAGUUGGAGCAGCAUAGCCGCCGCGAAACCGAUUGAGCCGCAAAAACAAGACCCUUGGAGCAACAAUGACGAUAACAAUAACGACGAACAAGGUGAAAGUUACACCGUGACACUAAGAAACCCGGUUACCAUUGAAAAACUGCUCGACAUUGACACGCCGGAGGAACGAAUUGAAUCGAACAGCGCGUCGGCUGUUGAAGGGGAUUUACUGUUGCCUGUAGUAGAGGUGUCCGCUACCGAUUUGCUCAAACUUUCGGACAAAUCGUCCGACGAUGAGAAGAACGAGUCGGGGAGUUCUCCCUUGGAAACGACCGAAAGUUCGGACGAAGGGAAGAUCGUCGCUUUAGCCCCCGACGAGUCCGCUAAUGUGGCCAAUGUCGCGGCCAAACCGGGUGCCAAGAGACGCCUGAAGAAGAAGAAGAAAUAAGUGCGGUAACGGUUUUAAGGUUUAUCAUAUCAUUUAAUUGUGUGGGGUUAUGUAAGAAAAUGCUUAUGAAUUAAGCUUUUUUUAGCUAUUGAACAAUCUUACAUUAAGCAAAUUCAGUGGGACCUCAAUAAUCCGGACUAAUAAAAACCGCGUUAAUUCGGUAUACUGAAGCAAAAAGGUUUAAACAUUGAACAUAAAACAUUAUACAAACAAUAUUUACGAAAAUAUUAUAAAAUUGACCCAUUAAGAACGGAAUUUAAUAUUUCCGUUUGAUUAUUUUUUUUUUUAAUAAUUGGAUAGUAAAAGAACAUAAAAUAAUGUUUUUCAAAAUUCAAUAUACAGGAUUGGAAAAAAACAUUUAUACCAUAGUACAGGGUGUCCUAAAUUCGAGCCUCACCAUUGGGACCUCAUAAACUAUAAGAUAUACGAGGUCGGUUAAAUUGAGGCCAAGUUAAAAAGCCUUUUAAAAUUUCACAAAUUCCGAAGAUAUUUAGAAAAAACCAAAUAUUUCCAAUUUCAUUUCUAUUUUUCUACGACUCUAUUUGAAUAGAUAUAACAAAAUAAAUUACUCAUUCUCAUUGCUACUUUCUCUAUUUUACAAAAUGGUGUCGUCAGAUUUUCAAACCGACGUUUCGUAUUUGAGCUGUCAUCACUAAGUUUGUUUUUUUAAAUACGGCCCUGAAUUUUUUAUUACCUACGGAUUUUAAGAGCGCCUUAUCCAAUGAUGUAUCGCACUUAUUUAUUACAUAUUUCCACUUAUGCGUUAAAGAGAAAGACAAACAAUAUAUUUUUAAUGGAAUUACAAACAAACACCUUUUUUUUUUUAUAAUAACGCAUUAAUAAAGAGUCUUUGCCUCAAUUUAACCGACCUCGUAUCUCUUCUAGUUUACGAGAUCCCAAUGGUGAGGCUCGAAUUUGGGACACCCCGUACUUGUGAACCUUAAAAGAUAUUUUUAUGGCAAUUUUUAAACUUUUAUAGCAACAAUUACCCUUUUAUUUUUUAUAUUUAUUUUAUUAAGUAUCACUUCAUUGUAAGAUAUUAUUUAUUUUUAAACAAACAAAAAAAUACAAAAACAUUGUGAUAAAAACGAUUAUUUUUAUUUCUUUACGCUUUAAGUGUAUAUAUUGUAACAUAUAUAAACAAGUACUACAAGUAGUCAAUAGCGAGGUAGUUUUAAUGAUGGUGUGACGAUACCGACGUUGCCAAAGGGUCGAAAAAAAAUGUAAAAGUCCCGCACAAAAAUAAACUUUGGCAACGUCUAUAACAUAAAAUAAUAAUAUAUAUUCUAUUAUUUUAGAUAUAGGGAGUUUUUAGUGCACAUUGUUAUUGUAGGAACAACUUAUUUCUAAGUCCUUUUUAGCGAUGAAUAAAGAUCUCAACCACUAAA